GUCAUUCUGGCGCGAAAAGUUCACAAUCAGCUGAUCGAUUACAAGUUAAAAAGCUGGUCAGUGAAUUUACCCUGAAAGUGUCAAGAUGGAAGAUCAGAUUGUGAAAACUUUGGCACCGAAGCUUGGAAUACAUUCAGCCAUGAUAAUUAGGAAAGCUUCAGAAUUGAUUCGUCUAAGUGAAGUUCGUCUUAGUUCAAGUAGUUUCUCAACGCUCAAUAUGACAGGGUCAUGUAAAGCAGUAAUGUGUCUUGAUUUGGCGUCAUCUUCCAUGGAGCAGCCAGUCAGCAAGAACACUGCAAUCCGAUUGGCUGGUGUCAACAAAAAGAUGUACAGUAGCAUUUUCCAGACACUAGAGAACGCUCUAGAUCUCCAGCCGAGACUGACAGCUCGGGACGUGGCAGUACAGUUCGGUUGUGUACAAGCAACAUCAUUAGCACAGAAAAUACAACAGAGGUAUGAGACGGACGUCAGUUGCAGUGAAUCACCAAAUCAACAAGACGCAAUAGAUUUCAGGAAACCAAUGUAUCCAUCAGCAGCUGUUUACGUGGCAUGCAGAUGUUUAAAAAUCCGAGUUGACAAAACCAAAGUGUUAAGUAUUGCAGGAGUUAAGAGAUCUACAUUUGACAAGCUGUGUGGGGCAUUGGAAAGACAUGCACUCAAACUAAGAGAAGGAAAAACUGCAUUGAGUGGGAAGAGAAGUAGUAACUGGAUACAAGACUUGGAUAAAUCAUAUGAAGAGGAUGAUUCAGAGUCGGGACAGCCUCAGUUGUUUGAAAGUAGAUCUCCACGAAAGAAAGUAAAGAAAAAUGACUUCGAUGAUUGGAAAAAAAAAAUUCUUGCAGGAGCUGAAUCAGCUGAAAAAAAUUCCACAAAGUUGCCGCAAUUCAAUGAAACGGAUUGUCGACACCGCCACUUGACAGGCUAUGAAUCCUAUUCCACCUUAGAUAGGAAGACUUCCUCCAGGAGAAAACUGUCAGCUGAGAUCAAAGCUAUGUACACUACAUUCUCCACAGAAGUGAUCACAAUACUGCAUUUCAAUGAUGUCUAUAAUAUUGAAGCAAGAGAUAUUGAUCCUGUCGGCGGAGUGGCGCGAUUUGCAACUGUUAUAAAGGAACUUCAGCAUGUCAACCCCCUGUUGUUGUUCAGUGGAGAUUGUCUUAAUCCAUCGAUAAGUAAGUGGCUGUGA